AUGAACAAAUGUAAGAAGCCUUACGUUGACCAGACUACAAACCUUGAGAAGUUCAGUCCUGAAAUUAUUUCUGAAAUUGAGAAGCUUUUUGCAAAGAAGUUUACUUACACUAAGCCAGUAAAUAAUGAAUGGCAGCUACCAGAUCCCAGCGAUGCUUUUAUGUGCGAUCACAAGGAAUUCAACUCGCUCCUGGCUCUGAAGGACUCGAUGAAUGAAGUGAAGAAUCAGCUGAGUGAUAAGAACCUGAAUGAAUGGCAUCAGCACACCUCGUUUACCAAUAAAGCUGGGAAAAUAAUUCCUCAUGUGAAGAAAUCUCUGAAUGCUGAGCUCUGUACCCAGGCGUGGUGCAAGUUUCACGAGAUCCUAUGCAGUUUUCCUCUUCUCCCUGAAGAAGCUCUUCAGGAUGGAGAGCUGAAUUCUGUCCACCUCUGUGAAGCACCCGGAGCUUUUAUAGCCAGUCUCAAUCACUACUUGAAAUCCCACCAUGUCCCUUGCGACUGGAAUUGGGUAGCUAAUACUCUAAACCCGUAUCACGAAGCAAAUGACACCCUUAUGAUGAUCAUGGAUGACCGUCUUAUAGCAAAUACGUUGCCGUGGUGGUACUUUGGUCCGGAUAACACCGGUGAUGUGAUGACAUUGAAACAUCUAACAGGACUUCAGAACUUUGUAAGUAAUAUGAGCACCAUUCACCUGGUAACUGCUGAUGGCAGCUUUGAUUGCCAGGGGAAUCCAGGUGAACAGGAGGCUCUUGUCUCACCCCUUCAUUACUGUGAAACAGUCACUGCUUUAAUGAUCCUGGGCGCUGGAGGAUCCUUUGUUUUGAAGAUGUUCACACUGUUUGAACACUGUUCUACCAACCUGCUCUUUCUGCUAAACUGCUCUUUUGAGGAGGUCCAUGUCUUUAAGCCAGCCACUAGCAAAGCUGGAAACUCGGAAGCCUAUGUGAUUUGUCUUCGUUAUAUGGGCAGGGAAAGCAUUCAUCUGCUGCUUUCGAAGAUGAUACAGAACUUUGGAACAGAAAUGGUCAAAAAAGCACUUUUCCCCCAGCAUACGCUACCAGAAUCUUUUCUUAAAAUACAUGAAGAAUGUUGCAUCUUCUUCCACAAGUGCCAGGUAGAGACUAUCUCUGAGAACAUCCACCUCUUUGAGCACAUGGAAGAAGCAGAGCAGAUGAAACUGAACAAGUUAAGAGACUGCGCAGUAGAGUUCUACAUGCAAAGACUUCAUAUGAAACCCAUUGCCAGAAAUAACUGGCUUGUCAAGAAAUCUCAGGCUGGUUGCAGCAUGAAUGCGAAGUGGUUUGGGCAAAGAAACAAAUAUUUUAGUACAUAUAAUGAAAGGAAGAUGCUGGAAACCCUUACGUGGAAUGAUAAAGUGGCAAAGGGCUAUUUUAAUCACUGGGCUGAAGAACAUAGCUUAAAUAAUGUUGGUAAAAUGUGCAUCUUGGAAGGAUCGGCUUCUAAUGUCGAGUGUAGCUUGUGGUACAUUUUGGAAGGAAAAAGACUACCAGUGGUAAAAUGUUCUCCGUUUUGUGAUGGUCAAGUCUUGGAAAAUCUUAACGAAGCUAUGAAUGAAUUGGUGAGGGGGAGGCUGAAAAGCAGGCACGUGCUGCAGACUUGUCACUCGUGUGAAGUUCUUCCUGGGGAACUGAUUCUGGCAGAAGUGUCUGAUCUUUCCAGGUGCCAUCAGGAAGUCCUCAAUGAAAGGUGCAGUGCCCAAUUCAAGUGCCUCGUGGUGGACUUUCCAUCCCUCUGUGAUACUGAAAGCCAGCCCAAUAUGGAAAUAAAGCUCCUGAACUCGGCCACACUGCUGACUUUCAGCUUCUCUUUGCUUUAUGAUGGAGAACCAAAGUACCAGCAGCAGCUUUUGGAGUGCGUUCUGCAUUUGCUGAAUGAGCUUACAGUGGGAGAUGCAUUGAUUUUGCCUAUUCUCUCUUGUUUUACACGCUUCACAGCCGGCCUGGUCUUUAUACUGCACUGCUGUUUCAGAUGCAUCACGUUCUCUUGUCCUACCUCCCACGAGCCUCUAAGGACUAGUGCCGCUUUGCUGUGUGUUGGUUACCGAGGCCUCCCAAAUCCAAUUGUUGAAUAUCUGCAGCAUCUGAAUAACCUAAUGAGCUCUUUACUAGACACGGACUCUCCCCAGCAGGUUUUGCAGUUUGUGCCUAUGGAGGUUCUCCUCCAAGGCAAGCUGUUGGAGUUUUUAUGGGAUUUAAACACAGCCAUUGCAAAGAGACAACUACAUUUGAUUGUGCAAGCUAAGCAGCAGCAAAUGACUAGCAAUGUUUCACUUUAA